AUGUAUAUUAAGGCAGAACAGAAACCCCAACGAUUUGAGAGGAAGAAUGAAAAAUUAGACAGAAAUAAAAACCAUCACCUACCAAAUCUCGAAACAGAUUUUAAGGGUUACAACGUAAAUUCAGACUUAUGCAAGGAAGAACGAAAUGGAAAUACCGAGGAGACUUUGAACUCUUUGAAGUUUUUACAUAAACCUCAACGAGUAACUCAAAUGAGAGCGAACAGGUUCCCAGAGGAAGAAGUGCAAAGGAACACUGAUUUGAACAAAAGACUUUUCUCCGCAGGAAAUGAUGAAAACGUUGGGAACGAGAGCGGCUGGUCAAGAAGUGACUUUUCCAAGAAUCGAACUGGAGCAGAACGAUUGAAUGGCAGUACGAAACCCCCAUUUAAGAUAGAACUGCCUCCUUUGUCUCCCAAAUCCACCGUACCAAACUCUUUUCAAACUGAAUAUCCAGAGGCUAAAUCGCCUGGCAAUGAUAUGAAUUUUGAAUAUGAUGAAGAAAUUCUGAUUCCAUUUGCACCGCCUGUUUAUAAAAAGUCAGGGGAAUUACUGAAGAGCUCAUUGAAAAGAAGAUCAAAAUCAUUACCUACAACCCCAGGUAUAAGGAGUGGGAAUGGUGGUCAAGCAAGAGACGGUAGUCCAAUGUUGAUUAGGAGUAAGAGUGUUCAUUUUGAUCAAGCUGCACCUGUAAAAUAUUUUGCUGAGGAUGAAAGUCCUAUAAACGUUAAUAAAACUGAACAGCACGAUAAUCGCUUAAGCUUCAAACAUAAGGCAGUGAAUCUGAUGGUAGACCCAGAAGAAGAGACAAAAAUGCUAUCAUCUGGAUUAGAAACAACUUCCAUAGAUGACGACUUGACAACAGUUGCACCAAAAGGGUUUACACACCCUGCUAAAAUUUCAAGUCCAGGCAAUGGCAAAAGUACCAACAACCCUAAAUUAAGAAAAAGUAAAAGAUUUCAGAACCUUCUAAAGAACAGGACUGCAAUCCCACCAUCAAAAUCUGAUAAAAAAUCUAUGAACGGUGGCGGUUAUGAAGUUUCGAAUCGUAAUUUAAAAAAUUAUUAUGUUGUUGGGCUGUAUAGCAAGAAUUUCCCCAUUUUAAGCAACAAGAAUCCCAAAAGUUUAAAGCUGAACAUUUUUAUCAACUUAUCACAAAACAAGAAAGUUUUUCUGCAAGAAUUGUCAUUAUACAUUCACAGAGAUAACAAUUUCUUUUUAAAUCCAUCCUCAUUUAAUAAUAUGCCCAAUGGCCACAAAGGUAGUGACCGUGAUGGUCUGGCUAAGGGUUAUAACGCUGGCUGUACAAGAUUAAUUGCUGGAAGGAUACUAGUGAAAAACAUUUUCUAUGAUAAAAGAGUGGUAGUACGAUAUACGUGGGAUAGUUGGAGAACAACACAUGAAGUGGAGUGCGUUUACAUCAGUGAUGGGGAUGGAAUAUUACCGGGCACUAAUAUGGACAUUUUCCAUUUCAUUAUUGAUGAUGCCAGCAAAGUGGAUCCCCGCGGCAGGUUAGAAUUUUGCAUUCAUUAUUCCACACGUAACGACUCUGAGCGCGAAGAGUACUGGGACAACAAUAACGGGAAUAACUAUAAAGUGGAUGUUGUAAUGGAUGGCUUCAACGACCCGUUCGCGGCAGCAGCCUAA